ACUUAGAACAGCCGCUAGAGGGCUGAAAGUGGAGAUAUUUCAUAAAACAUGCUCGUUGCUCUCCCUUGCUAGUCAGCUGAUGACUAGAAGUUUAUAUAGGUUAGUCAUUAGUAUUGACAUCUGUCCUAUUUGCCCAUGUGCAAUUGUCAACAUGGUUUGAAAGACGAGAUAAUGAUAAACUGCUGAUUGAAGUGAAACAUGUUAGCGUUUCGUUUUGCCAGAGAUACUUGUCUUAUUUGCUGACAAGUUGACGUGACUGCUAUUAUGCCCAACCAGCGGAUUGGCAAUAUUAUUUCUUGUAUGACAAUGUCAUAACAUGAAAGAUUCACAUCGAGUUUUAACCGAACUUGGUGUGUUAUAAAAGUGAAAAAUACAUAGAUCAGAGGUAUUAAAUUUUGCAUAAUGGCAAGUGCGAAACCACAGAUACUUUUCUGCUGUGUUACAUAUGGCGAAGUGAUUCUUGUUACUCAUCAAAUUGAGCCGGAAAAUUUUACUUGUUAUAUAUCGACGAUAUUACCACUAAUUCCUAAAGUUCCAGGAGAAAGAAAGCUUACAUUUCCAGUUCAGAGAUUUCAGGUUCAUGUUUUUGCCGAAGAAAGUGGACUGACCUAUUGCUGUAUUACUGAUCCAACUGAUAAGCAUUUGUUCCCCUUCACGUUUUUGGAUACUAUCAAGACAAAAUUUACAGAAAUAUCAAGUUUAACUGAGAAAGCACCCACUGCAAAUGAAAAUGAAUUUCAAAAUGAUUUUGCACCUGUUUUAGCUGCAGUAGUGUUUAAUUUCAAUGUAGGACAAGGAGACAAGUUAACAGUUUUGGAAACUCAAAUUCAUGAUGUGAAAAAAAUUAUAUUAAAUAAUGUUGAAAAGUUAAUUGAAAGAGGAGAGAAGCUAGAAGAUUUGGUCACAAAAUCUGAAAAUCUUACAGUAAAGAGUGGAGAUUUCAGACAAGCCAGUAGAUCAGUUGCCAGGCAACAGAGGUGUAAGAAUUGGAAGAUGUGGCUUAUAAUUGGAUCAUUGUUAGGUACUGUUCUUAUUGUAGCUUUGUUAAUAUCUACAGGAACAAUACGACUGAAUUAAUUAAAUUUGAGAAUGAGGGCACAAUAUGAUUAAUAAUGUUAUAAAUCUUAGGAUAAGUAAACAUUGGAGACUAGAGCAUCAAUAAGAAUUCAUGAAAAAUACGUUGUUUAAACAUUUAAUUACUGAAAAAAUGCCAUAUUAUGGAAAUUUUCUUGUGGAAAUUUAAAAUGUGUAACUAGUGAAUUAAAAACAUUCUGUUAUGCUUGUCAGGAAAUGUACAACAUUUUUUAGUAUUUUGUGCUUUUUUAAUUUCAUUAGAGCUAAAGAAAGGUGUAAAUUUGCUCAUCAGUAAAGAUGCUUUAAAUGUUAGAUAUCAAUUAUUUCUUAGUGAUGUUUUAAAAUUUGUAUUGAGUAUAUACUGGAAGUCCUACCACCUGUCGGCCACCCCCAUAACUACUAAAUGGUUUACGGUAUCAAAGUGCAGAAUUAUUGAGUGAAAACUGCACUUCAAUCUCGUGUACCAUUUAGAAGUUAAGGGGGUGGGCCGUAGUUGGUGCGACACUAUGCAUUUAAGUAUUGGGUGUUUCUAAAUUAAUUUUUAUUUGCUCAAAACUACAUGCAGAAAAUAUUUCAAUUGUGAUGAAAAUGUUGCAAAUAAUAUUCAAUAAUUCACAGUUAAAAAUUUUUUUUUAGGUACGUGAACUAUGUCAUUUUACAGUUUGCUGAAAUAGUUUCAUCUUAUUUUUCAUAUCAUGUAUAUUACAUUUAUAACUGAAUAUUCACAUAAUAAUAAAUAUCCUUAGUGCAAAAGUAAUUUUUACCAAGAUGUUUACCGAGUGUUUUCACUCGUGGUUACAUGCGAGGACCACCAAACAUUUCCUAUAGCCAGUAUUAAAACUCUGAGGAAUGCCUCUCUUGAAGAACUGCAUUUAUUGUUUUGUUCAAAAAUGAACAGUGCAAUACAAGGACUUACAUAAAAUAUUUACUGCAGACAAUGAAGAAUCACCUUUCUUAACUUUCAAGAGAUGAUCUUCUCCAUUGUAUAGGUCAGUUCCUACAUUUCUUCCAUAAGUUUUGACUCAAUAAUACUGAGUAUUGCCAUUUUUAUUUUUCAACAUUCAUAUAGAUUGGCCAUAUCAUAUUUUUGUUCAUGUUAUUAAUGCAAAGCUUUAUACUAUUUUUAGUACAUUUCCACAAGAUAAUUUUAUUGAUACCUCAUGAUUGAAAGAAUGGGUUUAAUAAGCGCGUUGAGUUCCAUAUGUUUUAUUUAAAUAAUAUAUUAUGUUUGUGUGUGUAUUGAAUUAUUGAGUUUAUAAUUUUAUGUAGACAAAAAGACUUGAGAUUGUAUUGCCUUCAAAUGAUUGCCAAUGUGUUGCUUUAAUUACCUUCUUUGACUGAUUCUGUAAUUCUGGGAUGUAAAAACGUUUUAAUGUUUGUACAAGUUCUUCCAAUUGGAAAUGUUAUUACUAUACUGGAAACUUCCUUGAUGAAUAAAUUUGUCUUUCGUAGCCAGAAAUAAAGUAACAUCAACCAUGCUGUGAAUUAAGUUUAGCAUUUGUAACAUUGUUUUUUGGUUCAAUGUUCUAGCCAUUAGUACACUCAAAAUUUGUGGGGUAAUAAUUAUUGUCUUCAUUCUGUUUAUUAACGAUUUCCUACUGCAAACUGUCCGAUGUCAAUUAAUUACAUUUAGCAAAUUCUAACUUUUCAUUAAAUACGUAAAUCUUUUACUUAAAAUAAUGGUAAUUAUAAAAAUUACCUUUUUUUCUUCACUCAUUCCCCACAAUAGGUGCUUGAUUAUUCUUUGAUGACAAUUAUUUGGCUGAACUUGCAACAAAAUAUUGGUCACUACAGUCUGUAUUAAGACAAUCAUUUGCUCAUAUAUUGAAUUUUAAACACCUGGAAUAGUAAUAGCUUAGUUUCUUAAAAAUUUAAAAGAUAUGAACAUAUGUUACCAGAACACACUGGUGCAUCUUUAUAUACAAGUAUAUGUUUAAAUGAUGUUGUCUUAAGUAUUUUAUUAAGUGCUCUAAUGCAUUAAUGGACGAUCAGCGGUUUAUUAAGUAACAGUUAGGUGCUGGUAACGUGAGAGGCAAUAUGUUAUCAAUUUAAUUCUUUCACAUUUAACUAUAAAUGUGAUGAAUUUAUUGUUACAUACCAAAGACCUUUUAUUUAUUAAUUUAGGUCUUGUGGGUUAGAAUAUAUUUUAUCAACCAAAGAAAUUGUUUAUGGCUAUGUAGAAUAGAACAAUGUAUUUCACUGCAGAUACAACUGCAAAAGUAAACAAGUAGUAAGAUUAAGGAAAUUGUUAGUUUAAUAUUUUAUCAUCAAGAGGCUUCCUUUAAUUGUAAUACACACAAAAUUUCUCUGGUGCAUAAGCUGGAGGGUAAAAAGGCUGUGAAGAAACAUUAUCGGAGAAAAUAUAACAUUUGCUGUACAGUCAUUGUUUGUUUUGGUUUGGUCAUUGUUUGUGUGCCAAACAUUUGAAAAUCCAAUAUUCUAAGCCUAUGCUGAUAAUUCUUGUUUAAGUAUAUGUAUAAUGUUGUAACUGAGAUUUUAUUAAUUUGCUUUCCCUUGUAUCUAUGUGAUAUGCCUAUUGGCAUGCAUGUAAUCUGGAUUUUCUUUCUACUUACAUGUUUUUUGUUGUUGAAACAUUUGAUCAUGUAGGAUGUGUGUAUGGAAAAUUUAGUAUAUUGAUGAUGAAGAAUGGAGAUGAUGGGAGAUUUUUGUCAGUAAUGGUUAAUAUUUAUGAGAAUGUUAAAUAAAUGUUCAUUUUAAUUGUCAUAAUUAACCAUGGCAUUAUGGUGCCAGGAUAUCAAACAUAGAUUAUAAUCAGGAAAAUUGACCAAAGCCAUCUGAUUUAAUUUGCAGGGCAUUUUGUAACUGUGUUAUUUUUGAUUGUCUUAGUGAUCUGGAAUCAUUGUAGUACAAGAUAUUGAUUUGAUUCUUGCCAACAUUAUACGUUCCUUCUUCAUUUCCCCUUUUCUUUGUGGAUUGUAUACUUGAAUACUGAACAUAUUUCCGUGAAAGUUCACUUCACAAUAGAAAUAUUACACCAACUCUCUUUUCUGUUUAUGAGUAGAUAAACAUGCUCAAUUUUAUCAGAUAUUUGUUUAGCAUCUUCAAAGAAAAUAUAUUUCUGUAACGGUCAUAACCCUAAGCAAUUCCGAUAUCCAGGCAGGGUGGGGGGGGGGGGGGGGGGGGGGGUCAAUACUCAGAAUAACUUGCAGUAUAAUUGAAGAAAUAUUAUAUAUAUUUUACAACCAAUAAUGCACCUAUUUAUCAACAUCUAACCAUAUUUUUCUGCCUGUUUGUGUUAAAAUAUUUACAGUUUUGGGGGUGCAGCAAAGCUAUAUACAUUUUGAAAAUUGUCUGUACUUGGAAUCCUUUCCAUAGGGACAUAAGUAGAACUGUGUUUUAAAGAACUACUACUUAAAGUUCAACAUUUGCAACAUCCUCUCAAUUGCACUAUAAUUCACAUCAAUAGAUAUUAAAAUUAUGUUGCAACUUAUUUAUGUACAGUAAGAGCUUAGCUGUUAGAGAAUGAUAGUUUCCACAAAGUGAUGCAUGGUGAUAGUUUCAAACUUUAUUUCUAAACAUUUGAUAACUGAUGGAAGACAAAAUUAACAAUAAGAGUUAAGAAAGGCUCUAAUAAUAAAAGUCCUUUCUGGGAAAGAUAUACUGAGAAAACUGCAUUGUCUAUCAUUGACUCCCCAUCCUCCCACCUUUUGGUAUGUAACUAUUAGAAAGUUUAUUGGGAAUAUUAUAUUCAUUUCUUUGUUGGUUGAAACACCUACAUUUUUUCAGAAUCUAACUUUUGUGUAUCUGAAGACUGCUAUAUGUGUGUGCCUUUUUAGACAAUGUAUGUAGAAUUGUUAUCCUUUUUGCUUUGAUCUUCUGUGACUAGUUUUCUUAUUUAUGAAUGUUGAAAAUUGAGAUUGUAAUUAAGAAAAGUGGUGGAUUUUCACAGUAAUGUUGUCUAAAAAUCUCUUAAUUUUUGUUUCAUGCAAUUAAAAUUUCCUGUCUAAUUAGUAUCAUUGUUUUAAAGCCAUGAACAUUGUACAGUCGACUCCGCUUAUAGUGAACUUGUGUCACUGGGCCCGUUUCGCGUACGCUACAAAUAAGCGUAAGAGGAUUUGGUUAUAGUGAACCUGAAUUUCGGUUAUAGGAAAUACAACGCCCUGGAUAUUAAUUCCCUCCUGGAAAAUAUAUCGCCCCAUUGCGACAAAUUCAAACACUAGGCAGCUUGAAAAAAAUAUCGGCCAAAGGCCCAUAAUCGAAAACUUCUCCCCUGAGGUCAAAUUUCGUGAUUUUCCGCGGGUCAAAGCGCCUGCGCCUUUGCCGCUACCGAAAGGAUCUAACAUGUUAUUGGGCGAGGGGGGGCUUUCAACAAUGCAAGAGUCAUUGAAAUGUGCCAAGACUGCAUUACGAAACUUCGAGACAGUGGACAAUGCGGGAUAAAGUAUGGCGAGUCCCCCAACUCUGGAGAAGGAUCUAUAGAAAUUAGUAAUGGAAAAUGUACAAAGCAAACAAUGGAAAAUUAUUGUUUUUAGAAGGACAAAUAAAGAUAUUUAAAUGUUUAGUUCCUACUGUUAAUGUAUUUUUGUUUACAUAUAUUAAUGAAAUCAAUCAUUGUCGAGAAAUUUUAUUUAAUUUUGACUUCUUUUGAUAUAGUGAACCAAAAUGUUAGUCACCAGAAGUUCACGAUAACCGGUGUCAACUGUAAUUACUUUUGCAUCAUCAAAUGUUUUCUUUCAUGUCAGACCCUAUUUAAUGGUUUUUGAAAUUAGGAAUAAAUUGUACAUUAGCUUUUCAAAAGAUGACCAGACAUGUUUUGAUGUCUCAUUGUCAAUUUUAUUUUCUCAUUCCACUUUUUCCUACAUAACAGCUGCCAUCAGUUUUUCUUUUCUUGUCAACUUCAAUUUCAAGCUAAUGAUGAGUUGUAGAGAAGAAUGAUUCUUUUGCAUUGAAAUGUACUAAACCCCAUCAAAAAACAGCCAUUUGCUGCUAAAUAUUAAGUAGGUACCGCUAAUUUGGAAUUGUAAGCUAUUAUUGUAUUUAAGUAGAAUAGUAACAAAAUAUAUAAGGUUAUUCAUUUCUUUCUUCAAUUGACUGGCAUAUUUACAAUUUUACUGUUUGCUUUCAGAAUUAAUGAACCCUUCAUGAAUUUUAUCAAAUGUUUGCCUUCGUAUUUAUGAGUUUGGACAUUAUAAAUAUAUUUGCAAUGUAAUGUAAGAUCAGUUCAUUCUAUCAAAGGUUUCAUUUUCUGAAUGAGGUUUACUUCAUAUAUUUAUUUGUUUGACCUACUUGUUUUUUCUAAUUUCAAUUUGUACUAUAUUUGUAUCUGCUAUUAUGUUUUUCUAUUUUAUUAAUAAUCAUUCCUAUUAAAAAAAUUAUCAUUGAAAGUUGACUAGUCAUGUUUCUGUAAUUUGCAAUGAUAAUUAUAUCAUUCAUAUAUUUGUUAUUUUUUGAAAAUCAUUUAUGUUAAGAACAAAAACAUUUAUGUAAAUAUUAAAAUGUACUACUAAUUUUGUAACUUUUAUUGCUGAAUGUGACAAAAUAAAAUUUGUUUGUAAUUUUUUUAUUAUUUGUAUGUUUCACAUUAUUAACUCUGAAACUGCAUUCAUCUCCAGAAUUCCAAAUUUACGUCUUCUGAAUUCUUCAGUGCAACAUUCCUGCAACAUUACCAAACUGACUUUACAAGAAAGAUCUUCCUCAUCUAUUUCUCUAUUGUAUGUGUGUGUGCUUAAACGAAAACAGCUUUUUGCCAUUGAAUUCAGCGUAUUCACAUUCUACAUAAAUGUAUUAACAAUGCACGAUGCUUAUUUUAGACAUAAAUAAAAUUAUUUGUUUAUAUUAACGCAAAAAAAGCAGCAGUCAUUAUCCCCUUUUGUUAUCAGUGCGGCGUUACAACAAUGGGUUACAAGCAAGAAUGACC